GUGGCGGAUGUUUCAAAAUUGGGAUAUUUAGGAUCUAGCUAAGUUAAGUGGGCUUUGAUAAGGGUAAAAGAAAGAAAGAAAGAAAGAAGAAAGAAGAAAGCCAUGGAAUCCAACUCCUUAGAACUCAAAGUGUUGUCCUGCAAAGAUCUGAGGGCAUUCAAUUUCUUCCAGAAACUCUCAGGUUAUGCGCUUGUCUCAAUAGUCAGUGAUGAUCCAAACAAAAAACUGGAGCGAAAUCAGAAACAGAGGACUCCGGCUGACGGAGAAGGAGAUGGGAAUCCUGAAUGGAAUCAGGAGAUGCAAUUUGAUUUGAAUGAGAUUUCAUUUGAGGAUUGUGACCACCUGUUUCUUCAUUUUGAUCUGCGGCAUCAAGGUGUUAUGUUUGGAGACAAGAGCAUCGGAGAAGUCCGCGUGGGCUUCAAGGAUCUCACCCAAGAAUCCAACUUGGGUGCUGUCCGGUUCGUGAGUUAUCAGGUCCAGGCGAGUGACGGCAAACCCAAUGGCGUUUUGAAUUUCUCUUACAAGGUCAGUGGAAAAAUAGGAACUACUACUACUCCUUCUUCUUCUUCUUCGCAUGAGAUUCAUUAUCCCACAUUAGAACUAGUUCAAAAUCUCUCCGAGGAACAGGAACCUUUAUCUGCGCCACAAUAUUUACAAGAGUAUCCGUCGUCCCAUCAAACUUACUAUCCCCCUGCAGCAGCAGAUGCCUAUUAUCCACCACCGCCACCACCGCCCCAUCCCUUGUUUCCCCCACGGCCGCCUCCCAUGCUGCAUGGGGCGUGUUACCACCCUCGUCGUCCACAUCUCUACCCAUGGGCACCCGAGGUGUACGAAUUUGGAGGCCCCGGUGGCGGCGGCUCAUCUGAUGGUGGACAGCCGUGGUCAAAUGGUGUUAGAGCUGGAAGGUAUCGGCCUGCUCCUUCUUACUGGAAUGGCAGGUGAAGUGGGCUUUUAGGUAGCAUGCAUCAACUAUAGAGUCUAUAGCUAGCUAAUGGUCUCCACUUGGACACGCGCGCUGGCUAGCUGUAGGUUGUUAUCUCAUCAAUUUCUGUUUAUUUCUCAUUAUAUAUAUAUAUAAAUGCAUGAUAAUUGAUAUGGUAGGUAGCCGUAGCUCCAGCCCCCAGGGCGGCCCAGGCUGUUUGGAUAAGGCUUUUCUUUGGGAUCCGGUUGUAUGCCUUAUUACAUUUGUUGAGGAUUUAACUAAAGUGAUUGAAGGAUAAUAUCAAUUUUCUCUUU